AAAUUAUGCUUGUGAAAUUAUGCAGAGAAUGAAAGAAAAAAAGGGCCCACUCAGAAAUUCUGACUCUCCAGGCGGCUACGUAUUCUAAUUGAUCCCGCAACCAAUCAUUCCUUUCCACGACCCCACGCUCUUGUCUUGUCCUCAUAUUUGAAAACCACGUUAACGAACCAGACCAGUGAAUCGACACGUAACCGUCUAAAUUUCUUGCUCCUAGCCUCAAAUUUUUCUCCUGCACUUUACUUCCUUUCCCAUAUUCAAUUCUUCAACUCUGCAAAAUCUCUCUCUCUCUUUCUAUGGCAUCUGCUGCUACUACGCGUGUGACUCACUGUGAGCUGCGGCCAGCGAGACCGGCGGUUCGGGGAAGAGAACCGGGCGGUCCGGUUCAGGUGACGAUCCCCAAACCGAAAGCGGUGGAGGCAGAAGGCACGAACGCGAACAUCGUCUUGCAGCCACGGUUGUGUACUCUGAGAUCGUACGGUUCGGAUCGAUUUGGUGUCAUCAAGACUCCCAGGGACGGUGGCGACGACGUCUCACCCUUCUUCGCCGCGCUUUCUGACUACAUCGAGAGCUCUAAGAAGAGUCAAGAUUUUGAGAUCAUCUCAGGUCGUCUGGCAAUGAUGGUGUUUGCAGGAACAGUGGCAAUGGAAGUGGUGACAGGAAACUCUGUGUUCAGAAAGAUGGACAUUGAAGGAAUAACUGAAGCGGGUGGGGUGUGUUUGGGUGCUGUAACUUCUGCAGCCCUCUUUGCAUGGUUCUCCAGUGCCCGAAACAGAGUCGGUCGAAUCUUCUCUGUCAGCUGCAACGCAUUCAUCGACUCCGUCAUUGACCAAAUCGUCGAUGGUCUCUUCUAUGAAGGGGACCCUACUGAUUGGCCUGAUCAACCCUGAUCAAAUAUUUUCAUUCUUACAAUUUUACACAUUUAAUGUGUCUCCAAAUCAUAGACACAGUUAGAGGAACAUGUAAUUCUAGUAUCUAGAACUAUUAUAUUAUAUAUAUAUAUAUAUAUAUAUAUAGAGAGAGAGAGAGAGAGAGAGAGAGAGAGAGAGAGAGAAGAAUAGCGUAAGUACUGGAAAUAAAUGAUGCUGAAAUAUGUAAACUAGUAUUUCUUAAGCAUAGAUAGACAAUGAAAUGAAAUGUGGUUUUAUUA